UACAUGGCACGUUAACUUUGCGCACUGUUCAAAGGUCACGCGUAUUGCGAGGAGUAGGGAGAAGCGAGGGGAGGAGGCCUGGGAUCGAGGCUAAGACUUUCGUAUACUGUAUGAAUAGUUAUACAGGACAAUGUAUUUCUCAACCAGAAGUUUAGUCAUUGCUCUGUUGCUUGCUUUGUCUUGUGGGGCUCAAGGUUUAUACUCUAAUAAUCUAAACAAAAUUGAUAGUCUAUGUAUCUUCCUCAGAGAUUCUCCAUGCUCCUGAAAGCACAACCGUCUUUCUAAAUCGAUCAGCAGUUUUUACAUGUGAGACAAGAGGUGGCAUCACUCUGUGGAGAGUCAAUGGAACACAGCGAGACAUUCUUUUGCCAGACAUACGUAUUGAUCUGGUUGUCUCAGAAAUUACAACUUCUGAAGGGCAUUCAGUGCAGAAUCUAACCAUACCAGCCAGAGCCCAGUACAAUGGAAGUAUAGUUCAGUGUCUGUCAGUAAUAUAUCUUGGCCCUGCAUGGAGAGUGACAAUGCAUCAUUGACAAUUCAAGGUCCACUGUCAGCAGUGGCUGGUCUGAGUAUCAUCAGCAAUGCUGGCUCAGUGACCAUCUCGUGGAGUGCUCCAUUCUCUCUGGAUGUGACUGGUGUUGAUCCUGAUAUCUGGUACUCUGUCCUCAUCUACAAUGUGACAGAUGAGAACAACCCAACAGCCAUCCUCUGUACUGACUGUAUCAAUAUCACUCAGACACACUACACCUUCACUCCUGACUACCUCAGUCCUUGUCAUGUGUACAACUUCUCUGUCAUCCCUCUGAAUGGAGCUGGCCAGGGAGAGGAUUCUUAUCUUACUAGUUCCUUACAUGAGUAUACUCUAUCAGAUCAUAGGUAUCUGUCAGAUCAUGAGGCGAAUAUUACAGUCUUCAAAAAACCGAGAAAUGUGUUUCAACUUAUGCUUACAGCACAACUCUUCAUGAUAAACAACACAGGUACUCUGGCGAAUAAAAUGUUUUUCAAUGUUUGUCUGUUUGCAUUUUCAGUGUUGUGCUUUCAGGAACACCUUAAACUCUACUACAACAGUAGUACUCAGGAACAAUGUCCAUCAGUAGUAUCAGUGGUUUCCCCAGAGCUAACUCCAGGUGACAUCUGGCUAAUUAGAGAGUCGGUAGACUCUCUAUAUAGGGAUGACACGGGUGAAAUCUCACGUGAUCCGCGUACAAAACGACUAAAAACUCGGUGAGAAUCACUUUCUAGGCCUUCAAAACAUACUAGCAAUAGUCUACGGGCCCAUAUCUACCUAUACAUGUCCCCCAAGAGCUCAUACGCACCUUCAGUCGUCCACGCGAGAAUUCGCUCAUACGCGAUUUCACGAUUUUCGUGUCAUCAUAAUUAUUCUUCAUCUUCUUCUUCUUCUUCUUCUUCUUUAAACCCGCUAUCUCCUUACCAGUACCAGUUCAAGCACUGAUUUUUUCACUGAAGGUCUCCAAUUUCGCCGGAGGUGUGCACGGACAUCAAGCGAUCGUUUCUUUCUUGCCGCUAGUCACUACGGUAGAUCAUGGAGCUCUUCCCUGGUCGACCUGAACAACGCCAUUUGCUGCUUACUCAGCAUCAGUGAUCCCCGCGCAUGCGCAAGGCAGGGGCGUUGUCCAAUGUGCUUGCGAGCGUAUUCUACCGGGCGAGUUGGCAGACCUGCAGAGGAACUGUCAGCCUCCAGUACCUUCUGUAAGUAAGGUGUGCACAUUUCCAACUGGCUAUCUUGCUGUUGAUAUGCACGAAGAGCAACUUGCCAGAGUCUGCGCGGUGUUACGCGAGCCUUGCGGGGCACUCAGUCAAAUGGGCCUUCAUUGUUUGUCCCCCCCAGGUUGUAGCCUGAUUACCAAAGCCUGCCAAUGAAACCACAACCAUGUGCAAUAAUCUAAUUACAUCCUUGUUGAAGACAAUACAUGGUAUCUAGCAGCCAUUAGCUACUACUUUCAAUUUGUCUAUGGUAGCCUAUCUACAACAUAGCCAUGAACAUCAGAGUGACUGUAAC